AUGACUGACCCUACUUUCCACCGAACCAAGCAGGACGUCCGCAAGCCAGAGUCGCGACUCAGUCUGAAUCAUCGCGGCCGCGUUCCCGCCACGUCGGACGUUUCUGCGAUGAAGUCCAUAAUCGACACCAACGUCGACAAAUGGAAAGAGAUCAACGAGCGCAAGGCCAACCUACCCUUACCAGAGGAUCCCCCGACAGCAUCCGACUGGGAGUCCGCAGACAUCAAGAUCGGCGACGGAUCCGGACGGCUUGAGGGCCCCGUUUCGGGCGAGAAUAACAGUUCCCUGCGAUGGCCCGAUACGGCGAGCAGCAGCGCGAGGAUUUCGGGGAGGGAGUAUAAGACGAAUACGGAGCCCGGGCCGGAUGUGGGACGGCAGGGGAAGGAUGGGUUGAGUGAUUUGCCUUGGGAUGCGAGGGCGCAUUAA